AUGGCUAUUCAGUUUACUUUAAUUUAUACUUAUGGUGGCUACUCCAUUACUUUUCUCAAUGUUAUUCUGUUUUUCACCUGGUGUCUAUUUAUUUGGGAAACAUUUCUUAAUCUUCGACAAAUUAGAGUGGCAAAAAGUACAAAAACCCCACCUAAAGAAAUAGUGUCACUUAUGGAUGAAGCUGCAUUUGACAAAGCUGGACGUUAUUCAGUUGAAAAAUUGAGCGGCUUUUACAGCAUAUCGCUCUUAUCGGUUAUACUGCAUUUCCAAGUCAUCGGAUGGGUUUGGCGAAAAGCUGUCGAUCAUUUAAUUCAUAGCGAAAUUCUCAUCUCACUCCUAUUUACCGUCUACUUUGCCGUUUUCCAAUUUUUCGAUUCCCUUCCUUGGAGCUACUACCGUAAUUUUGUCAUUGAAGCGCGGUAUGGAUUUAAUAAGCAAACUCUUGGAUUCUUCAUAAAGGACAAGGUUAAGUCCCUUUUGGUUGGCCUGGUUAUCGGCUUGCCCAUUAUCGCGGCGCUUAUCUGGAUUAUAAAAGCUGGUGGACAGUACUUCUAUAUAUAUGCUUACGGAUUCACCUUCGCCGUAUCUAUGAUCAUAAUGUUCAUCUACCCGGAAUUCAUUGCUCCAAUCUUUGACCGAUACGAACACUUUCCAGAUUGUGAAUUGCGCACGAAAAUUGAGGACUUGGCUGCUCAAAUCGGAUUUCCUCUGAAGAAGCUUUUUGUGGUAGAGGGUUCUAAACGCAGCUCCCACAGCAAUGCUUACUUUUAUGGCUUCGGUAAAAAUAAAAGGAUUGUUUUAUUUGAUACGUUGAUCCGUGGCUUUAAGAUGCCCAAUGCUUCAAGCUCUAAGACCUCUGACGCUGUAAAUGAAUCCGACGAUGUCGCAGAAGAUAAGGGUUGUGACGACGAUGAGGAAAUUUUGGCAGUGCUUGCUCACGAACUAGGACACUGGAAAAUGAAUCAUGUUACUAUCAAUCUUAUUAUUGCGCAAUUCAACAUAUUCUUCAUGUUUUUCGUCUUUGGACAGUUGAUGAAUAUGGAUAUGAUGUUUAUCGAGUUCGGCUUUCCUCCGUCAACUGCACCCACGGUGCUCCGACUGAUCGUCAUUUUCCAAUUCCUUUUUAUGCCUUAUAGCACUGUAUUGGAUUUUCUGACUACAAUGCUCUUACGAAAAUUCGAGUUUCAGGCAGACGCUUUUGCCGUAAGCAUCAAACCAGGCGAGAAGCUCAAGAAUGCUUUGCUUGUCUUGACUAAAGAUAACUUGUCUUUUCCUGUCUACGAUUGGCUUUAUUCCUUAUGUAACCUCUCUCACCCGUCAAUUAUUGAAAGAAUAAAGGCCAUAGAUGAGGCUGAGAAAAAGAAAGAGUAA